GUUUUAAUUAUCCAAGAUUUUAAUCUGUGUAAAUCCUAGAAAUGUUGCACUCAUAAGUUAUCCGACACUAGUGCGAUUAGCUGACCACGAUCCUAGAUGUCACAACUGAGAUACUGCUCGAAUGAUACUGUAUACGUAAGUGAACCUGAGAACAGGAACAAAUUCUCUUUAUAAGGUGUAUUGCAAAUGUUAUUGCAGGUGAAUGCUCCACUUUUUCUGUUACUUAGAAUUUUCUUAUCGGCAGGUGUGCGCUUUGACCGUCAACCUGCCUGAGAAAAAGUCUACGUUCCCACGAGAGUUUAUGAUAACGUUAACAUUUUCUCGUAAGUGUAAACCUGAGAACAGAAACGGAUUCCCUUUCAUAAAAAGAUGGAAAGGUUACUUCAGGUGCAUGCCCUACUGUUACUUAGAAUUUUCUCAUCGGCAGAUGUGGACUUUGACUGUCAACCCGUCUGAGCAAAGUUUACGUUCCCGCGGGAGAGUUUAUGCUAACGUUAACAAAAUAUUCUCGGUAUAUACCCGUACAUGUCUUACAUGAAUCAGUUUAGAGUUCGAUGCAAAUCGCUAUCAUGUCGGCGGCAAAACGUGUAAAAUUAUCUACGAAAAAGAGUGCACCAAAAGCGAGUGGUAGUUCUUCAACAACGACAGUACCGAAAAAUACAAAAACUGCCGAAAAACCUCUUCCGCAAGAAGCUAUCAUUAAUUUAGUGGACGAGGAUGGUCCAACUGAGAGAAUAACAACAACAACGACUCAUCUAAGAAACAGCGCGUUUAAUACCUUGGAUGAGUUGCUGGAUCAGUUGGAUGGAAACAUCCACCACGUGUACGCUCCCCAAAGAGUGGACAACAACAUAAAAGGCACCGUCAAUAACAUGCAACAUUAUCAAACCACCACCAGCCUACAGCCGGCUCAAACAGCACCGCAAUCGACAAGUUACCAGUUACAAGUGGACAACAACAUAAAAGGUACCAUCAAUAACAUGCAACAUUAUCAAACCACCACCAGCCUACAGCCUGCUCAAACAGCACCGCAAUCGACAAGUUACCAGUUACAUAUUCCAGAGGGGACCGCCCGUGUGCUACAACAUAUUAUAAUACCACCGCCACCACCACCGGCAGAGCCGCAACUACAAGGAGCACAACAACAACAGACGAGUACCGUCGGUCAAUCUCAGCAUGCACAAAAGGACAUGAAGCUUCUGAGGGAGGUGUUCGAACAAAGCUUCUAUGAGACGAUCUCCCAGCCUCCUUCAGAAACUGGAGAAAUAAUUCCACCGAUCCAACUUCCAACAGCCGUCGUUCCCUCAUGGAUUGAACCUGCAACACCCCGUGAAUUGGCGAAGGCGUCGCUUGCAUGGUUGCAACAGAAGGCUCCUGAAUACAUGCAGCGGUACGAAGACGCGCAAAAGGCAACGAGGAGGCUGGAAGAGGAGCUCGAUGCAGCGCGCCUCACCGAACGACGGCUGGGCGAAGAAAUGACUUAUAUGAACAAAUUUAUUAAUUUUUUGAAAUAACAAAUUGUAAAUAAUAAAUGUAGU